UCACGCUUAUUUCUAACCAAACAAGUGAAGCAUCAAGACAUUAAGUUAACGGUUACCAACAUGGACUCUUUUUUGAAUGAUUUGAGGAAGAAAGUCCAGUGCUCCUUGUGUAAUGAUUCACUAAGCGAACCAAAGAUCUUGCCAUGUUUUCACAUAUUUUGUACGUCUUGUAUCGAAAGACACGCGGAACUGGCCAACGAACUCCACCUGUUAAGGUGUCCUGAAUGUGAAUGUGAAAUUUCACUACCAGCAACAGGCAGCGAGGAAGGCCUACAGCCAAGUCUUCUACAUUCGAGAAUUUUGAAGGGUCUGGCGUUAGCAGAAUGUAAAGCGGCUUGUUCUGUUUCUGGGAGUCAUUCGCCAGCAUCUUGGUAUUGUUUUGAAUGUGAUCACUCGCUGUGUGAAGAAUGUGAGAAAAAUCAUUUCUUUUUCACUAAAAGCCACAACACUGUUGCUCUGCCUGAUUUGAAGAAAGAAGAUAUUGAGUUCAUUAUAACAAGGGAAAAUCCUUGUAAAAGUCACCCUCAGCACAGGCUAGAGUUGUCCUGUGAAGACUGUGAUGACAUGAUUUGUAUGGAGUGUUUCAAACAUAAUCACAAGGAUCAUAAGACGAUGUCAUUAGACACGCUUGCUUCGAUCAAGAAAGAUGUACUGUCAAAGCAUCUGCAGGUACUCGUGCAGUUGAGAUUAGAUGACAAGGAAAACCAACAACAAGAAAACAUUGCCAAAACUAUCAAAGAACAAGGAGAAAAGGCCAAAGAAGGCGUGAAGUACACCACCAAGAAACUGAUGCUCAGGUUAGAAGAAAACGAAAGAGAACUGCUGAGACAAAUUGAUGAAAUGAUGAACACWGCGACGACAAACUUGAACAUAAUUCAUCAUAUUCCAGCAGUCAAAGAAUACAUCAAGAAUUUGAUGGAAAGAGGACUUGCAAGUGAAAUGUUUAACAUUGAAGAGACACAAUGCUCGGAGAAAUUCAUCUUUAACCCAAUUCCACUGUCAUCAAGAAUUGUCUUUAAUCCUAACGAAGAGCUGGGGCAACAAGUAAAUACAGGUCUUGGAGAAAUACAGACGCAUUCUGAAACUGACCAUACGAUGAGCACUAUUCUGGUGGAGGGUGAGCCAGAAGCUKCAAGACAACAAAGGCUUAUAUUGAUAACUAAAACUUCAACAGGACAGGAUAGUAUUAAUACAGGCGAUGUGGUAGACGUUAAAAUCAGCCCUGAAGAUGACGUGGAAAUAGAGGAGAAAGAUGUGAGGACUGCUGGGAGAAUAGAAGUUGAAUUCAUGGCUAAAGUAGCUGAUCAACUGAUAGCAGAGGUUCARGUGAAUGGGAAUCAUGUUUCUAACAGUCCACUAGUGGUGACCGUCAAGCCUCAACAGAUGAGAGUUACAGGACCGUUUAACAUGAAAGGUGUGGAUACYGAUUCACAUAGCUUGACAGGAAUAGCAGUAAACAGAAACAAUAGCAUUAUCGCUGUAGCAGAUUGUACUUCUCACUGUGUCCACGUAUUCAACACUGCUGGAGAUCUUUUACUAACGUAUGGCUGUCAUGGCUCUACACAGGAACAGUUGUGUGGACCUGARGGUUUAGCAUUUCUGAACGAUACAGAUUUAGUCAUAGCAGACUGGGGUAAUCAUAGAAUAUGUAUAGUGAACAUUACGACAGGGGUAUUGAUAAAAACCUUUGGUAGGCAGGGRAACAGGAAUGGAAAUUUUUGCGGUCCCGUUGGAGUACACGUCGAUGAGGAUGGUAACAUCAUUGUUGGUGACAAUGGCAAUCAUCGUGUUCAAGUCUUCACAAAAGACGGUGACUAUCAGUAUCAGUUUGGUUAYACGGAACAAGAAAAAUUCCACCCAGUCAGUGCAGUGAAACGUGACAAGAUCUUUUACGCGAGCGAUUAUAACAACAACAACAUCGUUCGUGUAUCAGAGAAGAAAGGUAAYGCACCAACUAAAAUAAYGACGAUUGGUGGAUACGGCAGUGAUGAUGGUCAGCUGAGUAGACCAUUGUACCUGGCUAUUGACAUGAACAAUAAUCUUUUGGUUUGUGAUCGUGGGAAUAAUCGUGUCCAGAAAUUCACCCCGGAUGGUCGUUUUGUAGGCACGACAUGGGAUGACAUSAAGGAUCCUGUAUCUAUGGCAGUGUUGAAUGAUGGACAGAUAUUAGUUACUACGUCUGGUUCUGGUGUGUGGCUUGUAAGGUAGAAGGAAUGUGGACAAUUCAUUAACGAUGAUGGCGUUUGUAAUAGAAAUCAAAACCGCAGAGUGAGAAACCGAAAAGAGGAAGGGGUAAUAAAUGAGAAACCCAUACUCUAAUAAUAAAAAAURAAUACAUAAAUAGAAUAAAGUUGAAAGAAAAAAAUUGUGUCCUAGCCAUAGGAUUCGAACCCACGGCAUUCGGUUA